GAUUAGCGUUUCUGGUUUGUGUGUUUUACUUCCGCACUUGUUUGGUCCAUCUGCGACUCCGUACAGGGUACUCCGUCCUCUCCCGUAUCUAAUACACAGAGAGCAGCGGCUCAUCCCUGUUAGCAGGGUAGCAGCAGCAGUGACCUCACUUCUGUUGUACGGAGCGCUGCGCAGGAUUCCUAAAGGUUCCCAAUCAUCACAUUUCAGCAGCUGCAAGUGGACAUGAGACCUGACGAUGACCCCUUGCUGGUCAUAGGCUGGGACAGAGUGUGUAUGAGACACUGCAGGAGAUCUACAGUGAAUUAAGAAUGGAAGUCUGUCCAGAGUGGACUUUUCUGCUAACAUUUGACUGUCAUGGCACCAGCCUCUUCAAAUCCCAUGGGUUAUUGAACCUUCUACAAUAAGAUUUGAAAUUAACACCAUAAUGUGUUAGUAGGUUUAGUCUUCAUGCAUCUUUAUACGGAGAUAAAACCCGAUGCUUGUGUGCCGAAACACUCAGUUCUGGAAAAAAUAUCAGUAACUGAUCUUCAGAUCAAGAGUUUUAAACAAAGGGCAUAACUAGCCAAUAAUUUUCUGAUGACCAUCUGCAGGAAGCCGUCUGGUAAGACUUUGCCCGAGAAGGAGGGUGAGGACAAUUCCACGGAGCCUACUCAACAUUCUCGGAGGAAUGGCUGGAGUUGGCCUCCACACCCAUUGCAGUUUGUGGCCUGGAUCACUUAUCUUCUGUUCACAAUCAUUGGUUUCGGCAUCCUUGUUCCUCUCUUACCUGGGCACUGGGUAGCUGCUGGUUACAUUUGUAUGGGAGUGCUGUUUACUCUGCAUUGUAUUGUCCAUUUUUUGGCUGUAACCAUUGAUCCAGCAGAUGAGAAUGUACGUGCCAAGAACUCCCCUGACCCACUUCCUGUGUUCGAUAGGAACAAGCAUGCUCAUGUCAUUGAAAACAUGCAUUGUUACAUCUGUGAGGUGGAUGUGGGCGCCAAAUCAAAGCACUGCAGCUUAUGCAAUAAAUGUGUCAGUGAUUUUGAUCACCACUGCAAAUGGCUCAAUAACUGCGUGGGAGGCAAAAACUACUGGCUGUUUUUCAACUGUCUUAUAUCUGCAUUCCUGGGCACCCUUUUGCUGAGUACAAUUUCAUCAUACGUGUUUGUUGCAUACUUCGUAGAUCCAGUAAUGUUAAGGACUGACCAACAUUUCACAGUCAUCAAGAACCUGUCGGAUGUGUGGUUUGUGUUUCUCCCAGCUGCACCAGUGGAAACUCAGGCGUCUGUGAUUUUGGGUCUAGCAGCGCUGGUUUCAGUAAUGGGUCUCAUUACUUUACUGCUUAUAGGACAACUGUUCUGCUUUCACAUAUACCUCUUGUGGAACAAACUCAGCACUUAUGAAUACAUCAUGCGUCAGCGGCAGAAGCAAGAAAUGAAAUCAAACAGCCACCACCUGGAAGAGGGGGAGACACCACCCACGGGCAGGACUCAGCAGGAGAGUUAUGGCGGAAGUCUCAUUUACACUAAUCCGGAAGUACUUAUUGAGGGGCCUUCAUCCGAAUCACUGGACACAAACUCUCCAUUGCCCAUGAAUGCAGCCAGUGUAAAUGGGGACCACGAAACUGACUGUAAAAUGUCACCAGCUCUGCAGAAGAAGCCAAAGAAGAAGAAGAAAAGGAAAAAAAGCAACAAAAUCUCACCGGAAGACACAAACAAAGAUGGAGGUGAUGGACCUGGCCACCGCGUGCUUCUGCCGUCUCAUGGAGAAAAUGAACUUCCAGUCUCUCCUGCACCCCCAGGCUUGGCCAUUCAUUCCCCGAAUUUCCCAUCACAAUCUUUACCUGUCUUGGCUCCGAUGAAUAUCCUCCCAAUUCAGGCUGCUGGGCCCCCUGCAGAAUAUCACUCUGACUCUGCUGAGUCCAUGGAAGAAAUCCCCGUAGCCCAGACUCAUCUUGGCAGUUCUUCUAUGAGUGAAAACCAGUUUAUCUCCCCGAGAAGUCCCAAAAACACUGCGAGCGACUGUGAACAUGGACUGAGGCAAAGUUACCUUUGGCCUGUUGACUUGCAGAAGUUUGAACUGCUCCCAAAAGCUCCAUCUGUAUUUGUCAGCGACAGCAGUGGAGAACCUUUAUCCAGUUCUCUUGUGAUUGAUCCCAAAGCACAAGACUGUAUACGGUACAAAAAGAUGUGGGCGGCAAAGGGAAAAGAAGGAGAGCAGGUUCUUUCAAUCUCCAAUGCAGACUUUUUCCCUUCAUAAUAUUAAUCUGUAGCUGAAUUCUUCUUUUCUAUGAAAACUUAUAACCAUUUUUUUUAACUAAUAAUAAAAUCUUUUUAUACUUAUA